AUGAACCGUGGUCGUGGAGCACCGGACAGAGAUGCUGUUUAUACUAAGGCGAGGCAGCAGGCACUGGUUUAUCUUGCAUGUCACCGAGAGGAUGGGGAUGCUCCAGAUGUUAUAAUGGGUAUGUUCUUUAUCCAUAAAAUUCCUCAUUCCGCAAUAAUAGAUAUAGGAUCUACCCAUUCUUAUGUUGCUUGCACUGUUACUAUGAAAUUGGGGAUUCCGGUUGAGAAUACUCCUAGUGGAAUUACUAUUCUAAGUCCACUAGUACAGUCUGUUAGGGUAAAUAAGGUCUUUAAGGAUGUUCCCUUGGAGAUACAAGGAGUUAUCUUUCUGGCUGAUCUUAUGGAUCUACCUUUCGAAGAAUUUGACCUAAUACUGGGCAUGUAUUGGUUAGUUAAACAUCGGGGUUGUGAGGCGUUCUUGGUCUACGUCAGUGUUUCAAAGGUGAGGGACUCUUCAAUGAAGGAUAUCAGAAUAGUUAAGGAUUUUCCCGACGUAUUUCCUGAAGAGCUACUAAGAUUACCUCUAGAACAUGACGUGGAGUUUGGGAUUGACCUCUUUCCUGGUACGGCUCCGGUGUCCAUCACCCGUUAUAGAAUGGCAUCGAAAGAUCUCAUGGAGCUUAAGGCCCAGAUUUAA